AUGGAAAAUGCUACACACUCUCAUUCCUCCAUGCCCCUUGUUUCCAGGUUGGAUAAUUUGGAUUUCAUUCUGAAGUAUUUGGAAGGCAAACAAAGGUUACCAAAGUGUUCAAUGAGAGGUACUGAGAGGCAACCUGCAGUGCCUUUGGAUUUGGCUGUUAGAGAGGCUUACUUCAAAGGCUCACUUAUGGAACGAGUGGCAUUCCUUGAACGUAGGCUUUUUCAGCAGAGCGAGGAUGCUGCCGUGAUGCUUAAACUCAUAAACAGCCUCGGCAAUCCGUCAAAUUUAGGAUGGUCUGGUUCUGACCCAUGUAGCAGCUGGGCUCAUGUGGCGGCGAAACUCAGCAAAUCAAUAGGGAGGGAGGGAAAGAGAUUGAGCGAUUCGUGA